AAAGCACACAACAGCACUUUGCAAAUUCUCGAUUAGAAAAUCUAGGGUUUUUUUCAUUUUCCCUCUCUCGAUCUAUCUCCGAAUCUAGGGUUAGGGGUUUUUGAUCGUUGGUGACGAUGUCUCUGAGGCCUAGUGAGAGGACGAAGGUUCGCCGGAACCGGUACAAGGUGGCGGUGGACGCCGAUGAGGGUCGCCGGAGGAGGGAGGACAACAUGGUGGAGAUCCGAAAGAGUAAGCGCGAGGAGAGCCUCCUCAAGAAGCGCCGCGAGGGCCUCCAAGCUCAACAGCUUCUCCAGCAGCAGCAACAAUUUCCAACCAAUGUCCAAGCCUCAUCCAUCAUGGAGAAAAAGUUGGAGAGUCUUCCUGCUAUGGUCGCUGGGGUGUUGUCCAAUGAUAACAGCCAGCAACUGGAAGCUACCACACAAUUUAGGAAGUUGCUCUCAAUCGAGCGCAGCCCACCAAUUGAGGAAGUUAUCCAAGCUGGUGUUGUGCCACGGUUUGUUGAGUUUCUCCAUAGGGACGAUUUCCCCCAGCUUCAGUUUGAGGCUGCAUGGGCUCUCACAAACAUAGCGUCUGGAACUUCUGAGAACACUAAGGUGGUAAUUGAUCACGGGGCAGUCCCAAUAUUUGUGAAGUUACUUGGUUCUCCAAGUGAUGAUGUUCGAGAACAGGCUGUUUGGGCUUUGGGAAAUGUCGCUGGUGACUCUCCUAGGUGCCGUGAUCUUGUUCUCAGCCAUGGUGCUUUGAUCCCACUAUUAGCCCAGCUGAAUGAGCAUGCUAAACUUUCAAUGCUGAGAAAUGCCACAUGGACUCUGUCAAACUUCUGCAGGGGGAAGCCACAGCCUCCAUUUGAACAUGUGAAGCCAGCACUUCCAACUCUUGAGCGGUUGGUCUUUUCAAAUGAUGAAGAGGUUCUGACAGAUGCAUGCUGGGCACUUUCGUAUCUUUCUGAUGGAACAAAUGACAAAAUCCAAGCAGUUAUUGAGGCAGGUGUAUGUAGCAGGCUGGUGCAGCUUCUUUUGCACCCAUCUCCUUCGGUGCUGAUUCCUGCUCUUCGUACUGUGGGAAAUAUUGUGACAGGGGACGACAUUCAAACUCAGGCUAUUAUCAAUCAUGGUGCACUCCCAUGCCUUAUGAGCCUGUUGACGCAUAAUCACAAAAAGAGCAUCAAGAAAGAAGCUUGCUGGACUAUUUCAAACAUUACAGCUGGAAAUAGAGAUCAAAUACAGGCUGUUAUUGAAGCUGGUCUGAUUGCUCCCCUUGUCAAUCUUCUUCAAAAUGCUGAGUUUGACAUUAAAAAAGAAGCUGCAUGGGCAAUCUCUAAUGCUACAUCUGGUGGUAGUCAUGAGCAGAUCAAGUAUUUGGUUAACCAAGGUUGCAUUAAGCCUCUGUGUGAUCUGCUUGUUUGUCCCGACCCAAGAAUUGUCACCGUCUGUUUAGAAGGUCUGGAGAAUAUUCUAAAGGUCGGGGAAUCUGAGAAGGCCAUGGGUAACAGUGGAGAUGUUAACUUGUAUGCUCAGAUGAUUGAUGAUGCUGAAGGAUUGGAGAAAAUUGAAAACCUGCAGAGUCAUGACAAUAAUGAAAUAUAUGAGAAGGCCGUUAAAAUUCUCGAAACAUAUUGGUUGGAGGAUGAAGAUGAGACACUACCUCCAGGCGAUGUUGCUCAACCUGGUUUCAGUUUUGGUGGCAAUGAGGUUCCAGUCCCAUCUAGCGGAUUCAACUUUAGUUGAAGACACUUUGCUGAGUGGGUAAGUAUGCCUUAAAA